AUGGAGGAACGAUGUGACUCCCUCCGAGCUCUCCCGGAGCGAGACUUCAACAUCGGAUGUGAAGUCCGCGGUGCCCCCACCAAUGUGAAACCUCAAAGUCCUAGGCAGACCCUCGUUAACCCAGAGGAAGGGCUCUCGUAUCCUGUGGAGGAGGGAGCAUUAAGUCAAGAUUAUGUAGAACGCCCUUCCAAGUUGGCAAGUUCCAACCGCUCCACCCUUAUGACGUGCGGGGCGGGAUUGGAGUGUUUGGAGCAAUGGGCAGCGCGCGCGAAUCGGCGUCAUGGUUUACAUAGCCAUGGCCUAAAACGGAUGUUUACGCACAGACAAAGGCGCAAAGUGAAAUUUCAGAUGUGGUCUACGAUUAUGCAGUUAGCUGUAACGCAAAUGGCAUUGUACAUCGACUUCUACUGCGAAGACAUCAUGAAUUCGAUCGAGGAAGCAGCCGAAACCAUAGCAGACGAAAUGGAGCUCUCCCAGAACGUCAUGAACAGCAACAUUCGACUAUUCAUCAACCACAGCAGCUUCGAAAAGGCUAUCGAGAGGUCCUUCAGCCAGAACGACAUUGUAUACCAAAACAAUGUCUUUUAUGUUUACGUCGCCGAUUACGGAUUCCAGUUUAUUUCCAAGGUGAAUCGCAUGUCGAACGCCAGUCCGAGCAUGCAACCAACCUUACUGAGUGAAGCCGAAGUGAUUGCUCUUUACCCAAGUGAUGGAUUUAUGCCCAGUGUUCUAGGAAAGAUUCUUGAUCUCAUUGCUCAAGGCUAUCAAGAGCGUCAAGGGGCAGCGCCUUCCGAUUUAUCGAAGUAG